GGGGAAAAUCAUAUCAGCAACUACUAUAUUCACCCCUCCUUGAUCCUUUUGUUGUGUGUUUUCUACUCUGCCUGAUCACCAUGACAGCCACCGAAGAAGCUGAAACAGAGGCUCCAGUCGUGGAGCAACCAACUGCUACGGAGGAGCCUAAGGUGGAGGAGAAUCCCGUUAAAGGAAAGAGGCCAAGGACUCCCAGAGAAAAGAAGCCUAGACAAACUAAACCAAAACCUGCCGCUCAUCCUCCUUAUUUUCAGAUGAUUAAGGAGGCUAUAUUGGCUUUGAAUGAUGAGAGUGGGUCGAGUCCAUAUGCCAUAGCAAAGUACAUGGAAGAGAAGCACAAAGCAGUACUCCCAGCAAAUUUCAAGAAAAUUUUAGGUCUUCAACUGAAAAACUCCGCAACAGGAGGAAAGUUAAUCAAGAUCAGGGCAUCUUACAAGCUUCCAGAGGCGAAAAAGACUAGAGAGGUUAAACCUACAACAAGAAAGACUAGGUCUGUGAAUAAAGCCGAGGCUUCUGCAAAGAAAGUUGCUGGGGCUAAGAAGGCCAAGAAAUCAGCAGCUGCUAAACCUAAACAGCCCAAGUCUAUCAAGUCUCCUGCUGCCAAAAGGGCCAAGAAAUAGAGACUUAGUCCUGGCAGUAGUUAGUUUCUGAUGUAUGAUGUUGGGUCGAUGUGAAUAUGUGAUGUACUAUGCCGUCUAGUUUAUGUCGGUGGGGUGUUUUCUGCCACUUUUUGGACAUGAGUGUUCUUCUCUUUUGUAUAUAAUCUUGUAAGUUCAGAGGUUAAUGGAACUCAGCCGUGUUCUUUUA